AGAAAACGUUUGAAAUUUUAAGAAACACAAAAUUGGAAAAAAAUUAUUGCUUCAAAAUUUAAUUUACUAAAAAAAAAAUUAUUGCAAAAUUAAAAUUCAAAAAAAAAAAUAUUUAGCAAAAUUUAAAAUUUAUAUUAAAAAAUAUUUUCGAAUGUUUCGCACAUUUUAGUUUCGGUAAUCCACAAAAAAUUCGCAAUUUAUGAAGGCUACAACAAUAAAUGUCAAGCCGCGGUGAAAUUAUACAAAUUCAUAUUGGACAAGCUGGAGUGCAAAUAGCAAAUGCCUGUUGGGAGUUAUAUUGUCUCGAACAUGGAAUCAUGGCGAACGGCGCGCUGUGCCAAAUGCCGAACGACGAUUCGUUUCUCACAUUUUUCGGCAUCUCAGGCAUGGCGCUGAAAGUGGUGCCGCGUAUUGUCAUCGUCGACACGGAACCAACAGUUAUCGAUGAAAUACGCACAGGCGCCUACCGAUAUCUCUUUCAUCCGGAUACUCUCAUAAGUGGCAAAGAGGAUGCGGGCAGCAAUUUUGCACGUGGUUACAAUCUACUGGGACAUGAUCUGAUUGAUCGUACUAUGGACGCUAUACGAAGGGUGGCGGAGCAGUGCCGGAAUUUACGUGGUUUCCUAAUAUUUCGCGCCAUUGGUGGCGGCACCGGUUCCGGUUUCGGCACGCUGUUAUUGGAAAAAUUAUCCGAAGCCUAUGGCAGGAAGACCACAAAGGCCGAGUUUCUAGUAUUUCCAUCACCCUCACUUUCACCCAUUAUUGUUGAACCGUAUAAUGCCCUGUUGGCCACACAUUAUUCCAUGGAUUAUGUAGACGUGUCCUUCAUUGUGGAUAAUGAAGCUUUAUAUGAAAUUUGCGAUACGAAACUGGGCGUUUCAGCGCCCACUUAUACCAAUUUGAACCGUAUCAUCGGCCAGGUUGUCUCCGCAUUCACAGCAUCGCAGCGCUUUUAUGGCACUAACAAUGUAUCUUUCGAGGAGUUUCAAACGAAUCUUGUGCCUUAUCCACGUAUACACUAUCCGCUACUUACCUAUGCACCGCUGGUGCCGGUCAGCAAAUUCCCCUAUGUGAACAGUAAUGUUGAGCAGUUGACACAGUCCUGCUUCCAUCCGGGCAGUCAAAUGGUGCGUUGUAAUCCAACGCUCGGCAAGUAUAUGGCUUGUGUACUUCUUUACCGAGGUGACGUUUCGCCGAACGACAUCAACUCCUCCAUCCAGCAAAUUAAGUCGUCGCGUACCGCUCGCUUUGUAGAUUGGACACCGACUGGUUUCAAGAUUGGAGUGAAUGCCAUGCCGCCGGUCUUUGUACCGGGCGGAGAUCUGGCGCCAACAUCCCGUGCCGUCUGUGCUAUAUCCAAUAAUACGAUCAUUCGCAGUGCUUGGUGUCGGCUGGUUAGUAAGUACGAUAAGUUGUAUAAUCGACGUGCCUUCGUGUAUCAUUUUGUGGGAGAGGGCAUGGAAGAGGGUAGUCUCUCGGAAGCGUCUCAAAACGUUUGCCAACUAGUGGCUGACUACUAUGAAGUGGAAUCGUCGGCACGCAGUUCAGCAACGCAAGCCGACAACGAUGAUUAAAACUUACUUUUUUAGCUGGUAAAUUUAUCACAUUAUAUCUCUUAAAAUUUUUAUGUUUAUAAUAAAAAAAAAUAUAUACUCGUAAAUUGAUUAGUACUGAAA